AUGAAUCAACAGCAUGUGCAAGAACUGGAGGACAUCAAUCCAUCUCGUAAGGACGCAGAUAUUGAGCUGAACGACAAUGAGUUAGAACCUGGCACAGAACGACUUGAACGGAGAGUUAAGUGGAAACUUGAUCUUUUCAUCUUGCCACUCAUAUCAUUGGGUCGAACAGACUUGGGAAAUGCAAAAAUCUCAGGCAUGGAAGAGGAGCUCAAUUUAUCACCGGCGGCAUACUCUCUCGCAGCCAACUGUUUCGUCAUAGGAUACAUAUUAUUUCAACUCCCAGGUACUCUGCUUCUCAGGAUCAUUGGCCCCCAAUGGCAGUUCGGAGGUGCUAUGAUUAUGUGGGGAAUGUUGACUGCUGUAAGCGUUAAGGUUACAAGCGCCGCGCAAUUACAAGGGAUGCGACUUACCAUUGGAGCUGCAGAGGCAUUUGUUCAGGGCUCUGUAUUCUACCUCUCGUUCUGGUAUACGUAUAGAGAACUCGCAACGCGUGGCUCAAUUGUCCAUGCAUGUAACGCCCUUGCUGGAGCUUUCAACGGUCUCAUUGCCUACGGAAUCUCAAAGAACCUCGAAGGUCAUAAUGAUUGGCACGCGUGGCGAUGGAUUUUCUUAAUUGAGGGACUCAUUCCGAUCGGGGCGAGUGUCUUGGUGAUGGCCUUCCUCCCAGGUACUCCACAAACUGUUCGUUUUGGGUUCAAGAAAGAAGAGAUAGACUUUGCUGUACAGCGAAGCAUAAAUUCGCACAAUGAUCCAGAGGGGAAGCUAGAGAUGAAGAAGAUCUACCUGCCUUUAAUGGAUGUGCAUUUUUGGCUCAUGGCGGUUAUGGCCUCUGCUGGACAAUUCUGCACAUCAUCCCUCUCAAAUUUUCUGCCAUCCAUCAUCAGGGGAUUUGGAUACUCAACCGUCAAUUCACAGCUCAUGACUGUCCUUGUCUAUACAUGCGCUUUUGUGGGCGUCCUAUUGUUUGCCAGAAUCGCAGACAGAACCAAUGCUCGGGGUUUCACUCUCGCAGUAUCGAGUUCAAUUUCUGCAAUCGGUUAUGCUUUGCUGAUUGGUCUGACUAACGACAAGGCUCGUCUGGCUGCUACAUGUCUCGUGGCUUUUGGCGCAUAUCCGCAUAUUGUUUUGGUCUUGUCCUGGAUGGCAAUGAGUAUCACUGGUUACACCAAAAGAGGCGCUGCCAUAGCAAUGAUAAAUAUGAUCUCCACAGCAUUCGCUAUAGCAGGCAACACGAUUUACUCAGACCCACCUUUCUAUAAGAAGGGCAAUGCCGCCGCGCUAGGUUUCGAGGUGCUCUGCGCAGUGUCUGCUAUCACAACUUCCUUGUACUUCAGACGUCAAAAUGUGAUCAAGAGACGCGAGAAAUAUUCAGAGAGAGCGAAUGGGUUGAGGAUGAAGACCAUUUAUGAGAUUGGAGACAAGCACCCGGAUUUCUUCUAUACCUCGUGA